AUGGAACGAUACUAUAAGAAACAGUGCUUAAAUCCUUCUCCAAAUAUUCCGGGUAGUCCUCCUCCACCUUCAAAUAUUCCGAGUAGUCCUCCUUCGAGUAUUCCGGAUAGUGCACAACAAAGUGAGGUUAUUGAGUUGGAUGAAAUAUUAGCUAAUUUUCCUAUAGACCCUGGACUGAGACGUCGAAUGCUUGAUUAUCCACUCAAUUGUUGUGAAGCAAUUCGUAGAUACUACCUCCAAAAGGAACCUUGUCAACCUAAAUCUCACAUCAUGCCAAGGAAAGCUAGCGACAAUCAAUGUUUUAUCACAGCGGGUGGUAGUGGAAGUGAUGUCUUCACUGAAAAAUGGUUUACAAAUUGGAGGAAAGGACCCGAAAAUUUUCGAGUCCAUGAAGGAAGUGUUGGAAGUCUUCAUAAUAAAGCUAUGCAACAAGCUAAAGACUUGAUGACACAAAAACAACACAUUGAAACAUUUGUGAUCAAGCAAACUGAUGAAGCUCGCGUUAAUUAUCACACUUUACUGAGUGGAGCACUUGAUUGCACAAGAUGCUCACUUGAAGAUGCCAUUGAGAGAUUGUUUGCAACAACAAAUUUAAGUUUGUCCAAGUUAUGGGGACAAGGCUAUGAUGGAGCUAGUAAUAUGAGAGCUCUUAUAUUUGUGGUAAAGGAAAAUGAGGAUGUUGCCAAUUUCUUCAUCAAUGCUAGUAGUUUGGUGAAUCUUAUUGGAUCGUCAUGCAAGCGUUGUGAUGCAUUUAGAGAGAAACAACAAGAACAAAUUCAGAAAGCUCUUGAUCUUGUCGUGGUGGAGGUGGUUGAAUGGAUUAAAAGCGAUCACAACCAAGAUAAUCUCGGCGAAGCAACUAGGUUAUUCAAGGACAUACAAACUUUUGAUUUUGCGUUUCACCUUUUCUUGAUGAAACUUAUAUUGGGAAUUACUAAUGAGUUAUUACAAGCAUUGCAAAUAAAGAUCAAUUGUGAAUGCGAUGGCAUUAGUGGAAAAAGGUUUUGUGAGGAGCAUGAUAUUAUCAUUCCUAACAUGGAAGAUUUGCAUUUUGUACCUAUAAAAUCAAGGCGUAAAGCUCCAAAAAUCACAAACUUCCAUUACUAUCGUGUGGACCUCUAUUUUCAAGUAUUUGAUAUGCAACUAAAGGAAUUGAAUGAUCGCUUCAAUGAGGUAAACACCGAGUUGCUUCUUUGUAUGGCAUAUUUGAGUCCGGUGAAUAAUUUUGCAUCUUUUGACAAAGCAAAAAUUGUUCAUUUAGCCCAACUUUAUCCUCAAGAUUUUGAUCGUAUGGACCUCAUGAAUCUUCCAAUUCAACUUGACAAUUACAUUCAUGAUAUGAAGAUGCAUAGUGAGUUUUCAUCAUUGAGAGGAAUUAGUGAUCUUGUGAAAGAGUUAGUGAAGGAUGGGAGGAUCCAUACUCCUGACAACACUCCAAUGGCUGCCGGAGAUCAGAACCCAGCAACACCACCUGGCGCACGUUAG